AUGAUUACUGCUCUGGAUACCGCUGCCGGGGCGUUGGCCCUCUUUCUCGGUUACGGGAUCUACAAACGGAGGAAACAGUCCUGCCCUUUCCCCCCAGGCCCGAAAGGACUUCCGAUCCUUGGAAACUCCCUGCAGAUCCCCGCGAAAUAUCCUUGGAAGAAAUAUAUGGAGUGGAGCAAACAGUUUGAUAGUGAUAUCAUCCACCUUACCGCACCCGGAAACCACAUCGUCGUCCUUAACUCUUUGGAGGCAGCUAUCGACCUGUUCGGGAAGAAAUCGACGGUGUACUCCGAUAGGCCAUAUCUUCCUAUGGUCUGCGAUCUGGUCGGGCUUUCUCGAUGGAAUCUGGGUUUGAUGCCGUACGGAAGCGAUUGGAGAAACGCGCGGAAAAUGUUCAAUCAGUAUCUCGGCCUGCAAGAGUCUAGACUACAACGCCCGAAGAUGGUCGAGUAUACACACAAGCUGUUACGCAGGUUGCUAUCGGAACCAGAUCGAUUUCUUGAACAUGUUCGCACAGGUCCGGGAGAGUUCAUCCUAGACGUGGCGUAUGGAAUCAAGGUCGCGGAACCGAAGAACGAUUCGUGGCUUGAGCUCGCAGAAGCGGCCAACGAGGCAGCCCGAACCGCAUCCGCUCCGGGCCAUUUCCUGGUGGACCUCCUUCCCUUUUGCGCCGGGUUCCAGCGCAUCGCCAGGGAGCUGAGGCAGCUUAACGAAGACAUGUACUCUCUUCCCUUUGAGGAUGUGAAACGCAGAAUCAACUACCCUCAUCGUCGCGCCAAGACACUUGAAGGGUCCGCACCGGAGUCCAUAACGCAAGCCAUGCUUGCCGGCCUCGAUGUGACAAACAUCCCCGAUUAUGAAGAUUACUUGAUGAAGUGUGUGACGGGAGUGAUGUACUCAGCUGCAUCCGAUACCGAACGCGCACAGGAAGAAAUCGAUUCUGUCGUACACGGGGAACGAGUGCCGGGAAUAGAGGAUAUGCUAUCACUGCCAUACACUACGGCGUUGGUGAAAGAGGUGAUGCGGUGGUAUCCGCCUACACCACAGGCGGUCGUUAGGCGCAACACGGAGGACGAUAUCCAUCGUGGCUACAUUAUCCCGAAAGGAAGCAUCAUAAUCCCUAACGUUUGGGCGAUGUCUCGAGACUGCAAGGCGUACCCCGGUGAUCCUGGUGUCUUCAGGCCUUCGCGCUUCCUCGAUGCAUCUGGUCAAAUGGAUUCUUCAGUCCUCGACCCAGCAGAAUUCAUCUUCGGUUUCGGAAGGCGAAUCUGCCCCGGGCGAUACUUGGCUUAUGAUUCUAUGUGGACCAUGAUGGCGUCGAUACUAGCCACGUUCAAGAUAUCGAAAUGCAAGGGAGAAGAACCCCUGGAGCUGUACACAACCGGUCACAUCAUCCCCGAUCGCGUCAACAUGAACAAUUGA